GCAUAUUCGAUUGGUCGAGUAUUUCGUGUUCAGGCAGCUGUCGCGUCAGUCUCGGAGCAGACGUCGCGCGGAAGAUGACUGUACAUAACUUCUACAUAUUUGAUCGUAAUGGCAGCUGCCUUCAUUACAGCGAAUGGAACCGAAAGAAACAAGCCGGAAUCUCCAAAGAAGAGGAGUUUAAGCUGAUGUACGGGAUGCUGUUCUCCAUCCGCUCCUUCAUCAGCAAGAUGAGUCCCCUGGACAUGAAAGAUGGCUUUCUGGCGUUCCAGACCAGCCGUUAUAAGCUGCAUUAUUAUGAAACUCCAACAGGAAUCAAACUGGUGAUGAACACAGACCUCGGCGUGCCGAACUGCAGAGACACACUGCAGCAGAUCUACAGCACUCUGUAUGUGGAGUACAUCGUGAGGAACCCGCUGUGUGUGCUGGGCGAGUCUCUCCAGAGCGAUCUGUUCAACAGUAAACUGGACUCUUUCAUCAGAGCGCUACCGUUCUUCAGCGUCCGCGCCGCCUGAUUACAAUAAAACAUCAGCUUCUAUUUAUACUCUGCAUCUGCUUCCUCUAGCAGUUCUUUUGUUAAAUAUCACUUUUCAUUAUUUGAAGACUCACAGAAUUUAUCAAAAUAAAUGAUUCCUUUUUUUUUUCAAAAAUUGCAUACAUGUUCUCGCGACUUGAGUUCCUGUUUAUUGCUGUCAGUUAUUGCUGUUUAAAAACAUCAGAGUUUGGAGAUUUAUUGCAGAAUAAUGUUCAAAAAUGUAUUUAUGUGAUGUUUGAUCUAAUAAAAAAUUUGCAGGAUAAGUAACAUGUUCAAGUCCAAAUGAUGAAAGCACUAUAUAAAGGAG